AUGUCUCGUCCCAAUCCAUUCUCGUUCGCGGCAGCAAGACAGAGAAGGCUGGAUCUAUGGCUCUCGCAACCUCCCAGUGCCGCCCGGCGCGUCCUCUAUAACCCAGACCUCGUGGAACUCAUCCUUCAACACAUAUUCCCUUCAGAAACGGACCAACAACAGCGGACGCGCUAUGUGAGCAAGAAACACGCCAAGCUACGGCAGAUGGACGCGCCUCAUCGUAAGAUGCGGAUCCUGCCCUUUGUCUUUGUAUGCAAGGGAUUCUACUCCCCUGCUUCAAGUCUGCUCUGGGAAGAGAUGGAAUCUUUAGUCCCUCUUUUGACCAUCUUGCCGAUAUUCGUGUUUGAGAAGGGCGUCCUUAAACUGAAGGACAAUUGGGUACAGAUCCCAAUACCACAAUCUACCCUGACGACGUUCCAAUUCUACGGGUCGAAAAUUCGACGUCUUGUCCCUGGUCAUCGAGGCCCGCGUAUAUCGAGGUCUGCCGCCAGGUCCACCCUCACUUUGCUCAAAGAACAUGGCGUUCACUCCAUUUGUCCUGCAUUGCACAGUGUGGUCAUCGCUCGACGCGACACGCCCACCUUCACCUUGCUCGCGCGCUCACCCAUCACUAACGUCGCGAUUUCUUCCUGCCAAUUCGGAGAGAAAGAGGAUGCUUUCUACAGGCUCGUCUUUGACCGUCUAUCAGAGCAAGGGACAUUUGUCAGGAACAUCACCAUUGACUCGCAGACUCGUCCGUCCUCCUUGCCCCCGGCUCUCCGCCGGCCGGGACACGCUCUUCAACGGGUGGAGAAGCUCUCCAUUCACCGUCACCUUUUUGAAGACCCCUCCAGUUUGGUAGCGUGGCUACGAGAUCUCUCCUCGAGCUCGCCUAACCUUACGCAAUUACACCUUGGGGUUUCCGUGUUCGAUCGCCAGCAUACUAGCCGUUUACCAGAUCGGGUUCACGAGUUUCCAGAAUUGAAGACUCUGCACCUCGAGUGCCACCCCGACGCUGUUGAUGUCCUCUUCUCCGCCACCUCGUUCGCCAAUCUUACCGACUUCGUCCUGGUGCUUAACCAUGACUUGUGGCACCCAGAGCAUAUCCCACUCGCGUGUCAAGAGGUGAUGAGGAUCUGUAAAGCGGCUCCCUCGGUCCGUCGCAUCCGUAUCGAAGGACUAGUCCAACACGACGCCAUCUUGCCAUUCUUUUCCCUUCCUGCUCUUGAAUCCUUCGCAUGGAAGUGCGAGAUUCCCUCCAAUCGACGACAGUGCCUCCCUCCAGACGAUGCUUCAUACGUCUCAUGGGGUCAAAAAAUCGAUGACGCGAUUUAUGGGUCCUCAGUUGAGGCCACACCAGCCCGCGUCUUCUCCCUCGAGUUACCUCAGAAGAUUCAUCCUGUGGAGCUCGCCCUUAACAGAGUUCCGAUGGAUUUAUUUUCCACUUAUCCGGGGCUCCACCCAACGUAUUCAUUCCCGACUUUCCAGCCACCUCCGAGUCUACCUUUCAUCGCCGCUAGCUUCCAGCCCGCACUUCUCAACACAGUGCUGUUGAGCGACGGCAAUGGCGCGUUGCAGACUUAUGGGCAGGAUGCUUGA